UAUAAAUUGUAGUUUUUGUAGGUAUCCUAAUGAUUUUGAUUACAAUUUCUGUCAAAAGUGUGGAGAGCCUAGGCAGAAACAACAAUUUGACGAAAAUAAACAAAGAAUUCAAGUUAAUUUGGAGAAGAUUAAUAGCAGAUUUGAGGAAAUAAUGGGAGCUCAUAACAGUUCAGCAUAUGAGAAACAAAAAAAGGCUCUGGCAGAAUUAUUGCAAGUAUUUCUGAAAUCUGUAUCCCCGUUAAAAAACUUGCAAACAGCAACACCUGAGGAUAUAGUGAAGUUUUUGAUUUUUAAGGAUCAACAGGGUAAGACAAAAGUGCAUGUUGCAGAAUGUACAUGCACAGAACAAGAGUCAUGCGAUUGUCCGAAACGAUUAGCUUUUAAGACGGUAGAUGCUUAUGUGGGGAAUAUUAGAUCAAUUUUCAAUGAAGAAGGUAGAGGAGGACAAUGGGAUGAUAGGUUGGGUUUGGGAAAUCCAGCGGCUAGCCAUCUCGUGAAAAAGUAUCUAAAAGCAGUAACGGAAGAACAGUUGCGACAAGGUCGGACUCCCCAACAAGCAAAACCAUUUUUUUGCCUAAGAUUUUGGAGAUAUGUAACCACAGGGGGGUACCUUUUCAGAUCCACGUCGAAAGAGGGACACAUGUUAACAGACCCGCCAUCUACGUCUGCAUUGGAUAAUGCAUUCAGGAGAUAUCUGGAGCAAAUGGGCAGAUAUGAGGGUGAGACGUUGCAUGGAUGCAGGGCGGGGUGUGCAAUUUCAUUGCAUAUGGCAGGGGAAUCAACUAGAGGAAUCAUGGAACAUGUGGGAUGGUUCAAUAAGAGAACAGCUUCAUAUUACAUGAAGUUAGCACAGGUCACACAAUCAGGAAGACCCGCUUAAAAACUAGCAUCUCAGGAAGUAAGACAGGCAACAGAAAAGUAUAUGGAAACCAAUUAGGUAUCAGGAGUGGAGAGGGCAUUUAUGAAGUAUUGAUUUAGAAAAAGUGAUAGAAAAGUAGAUAAAAAAUCAGGAGUUAUCAGGAUGAGAGAGAGGGAUCAUGAAGUAUGAAGGUAAAUGACAGAAUAGACAGGAAAAGAACGAGAAAAGAAAGACGUAAGAAUAAUGGAUAUAGAUGAAUGAGAGUUGGAAAGUGUAAUAAAAAAUGUCAACUUGAUGGUGUCAUGGGUUUUAUUGAGUGACUGUGUAAGAAGUAAUAUGUAUGAAAGAAUGAGAAAUGGGGUUGGAAGAGGGGGAGGAAGAAUGAGAGUGGGAGUAAAUAGGAAAUAGAGUAUGUUAAAGAAUCAAUAUAUUAUAUGACAACAGUGGAGAGUUUAGGUAACCGAAAUGAUAGUAGUAGGAAGAAAUGGUACGAAGGAUACAAAAGGGGCGCGACGGAAGG